AUGAAUAUCACUCUCUAUCUAACCCUGCUUACUUCUAUACUUUCUGUUUCAGCAACCAUCAUCACCGACCCCAGAAAGGCAUCCAGUAAAAAUUACGACUACAUAAUUGCAGGUGGCGGUCUCACAGGCCUCAUAGCAGCGGCACGAUUAACACAAAAGAAGAAGAUCAGCGUGCUGGUAAUUGAAAGUGGCUUCUUACAAUCUUACCGCCCAAUCAUCGAAAAUGUCACCAACUUCGGUCAAGCUUUUGGCAGCACACUGGAUCACGGCUUCCAAACCUCAUCACUCGAUAUCAAUGGUCGGCCAUUAACCAUCCACUCCGGUAACGGUCUCGGGGGAUCAACCUUAAUCAACGGCGCAUCUUACACUAGCCCAGCCAAAAUUCAGAUCGAUUCCUGGGAAUCUCAUCUUGGGAAUAAAGGCUGGAACUGGCAAACCCUCUCCUCAUACAUUCACAAAUCUGAACGUGCCCGUCCUCCCACAAAUGAACAAAUCGAAGCGGGUCAUUUUUUCGAUCCUCAAUGCCAUGGAACGAAUGGAGCGAUCCAUGUUGGUGCGCGGGAUACCGGUGUUCGAUACUCACCAAUGAUUCGCUCCGUGAUGAAGAUGCUCGCUGGACGGGGUGUUCCAACGCGCAAAGACCUAAACUGCGGUAAUCCUCGCGGCAUUUCAAUGCUGCUCAACACAAUCCACGAAAAUCAGACUCGCUCCGAUGCCGCGCGUGACAUCCUCCUCCCUAUCAUGGAUCGGCCAAAUCUAUCCAUCCUCGUGGGUUACCGUGUUGGAAGAGUGCUGAUCGAUACAAGUCACUCGCCUCUAGCUGCGAAAGGAGUGGAAUUCGGAACUGACGGAGAGAAAUUUGAGGUCUAUGCCAGGCAUGAUACCCUACUGGCUGCUGGAGCCCUCGUUAGCCCGUUGAUACUGGAAUAUUCCGGGAUAGGACUCCAGUCCGUCUUAGACGCGGUUGGUGUUCCAAAUAUCGUUGAGCUUCCCGUCGGACAAAACCUUCAGGAUCAAACAACUACUUACCUCUCGAGGAGCAUUCACCCGAAUGGUGCCGGCCAAGGUCAGGCGAUAUAUCUCGCGAGCUGGAAAGAAUUAUUCACCGGCUCCACUCGCAAAACCGCUCGUGGACUACUGGAUUCUCAGCUAGAUCAAUGGGCGCAAGAUGCCGUAUCUAAUGGCGGGUUCGGGAAUGUCACAGCGCUAAAAGCACAAAUGGAACUUUAUCGAGACUGGAUCUUAGACCAUCAUGUCGCAUAUGCAGAGCUCUUUAUCGACACAAGCUCUACAAACAUUGGCUUCAGUAGCUGGGUUCUUCUCCCUUUCAGCAGGGGAUAUGUGCAUAUUAAGAAUAAGGAUCCAUACCUUUGGCAGGCUACUCGAAACCUACGAUACAUGGAGAAUGACCUGGACCGAUAUGCGCAGGCAGCUGCCUCUCUAUUGGCCCGAAAUAUCACACAGGACGAAUCAAUGCAGCAUUACAUUCGUGAAGAGAUCUUCCCUGGGUCGGCAGUGCCUCAAAACGCCACUCUAGAUGAUUGGGUUUCCCAUAACACUCAAAACUUCGGGCCAAAUUACCACGCUAUUGGGACUUGUGCAAUGAUGGCCAAGCAUCUGGGCGGAGUUGUAGACCAUUCUGGUCGUGUGUAUGGUGUCUUGAAUCUUCGCGUGAUUGAUGCUUCUAUUUUACCUACUCAGGUUUCCGCACAUACGUCUGCGUUGCUAUAUGGGAUGGCAGAGAAAUUAUCUGAUCUGAUUCUGGCUGACUAUCAUGCAUGA